AUGCGCCCAGCCAUGGGAACAUGUCGGAUGUGUGCCGUACCUCAACUCCGUAUCCCCAAGCAUUUAUCGGGAUCCGCUCCAGACGCUCUUGAGGAAGCCGUCCUUCUGUGCCAGCCUGUUCAAGCUGUCGUCGCUCUCGCCCAUGGCGCGGACGAAGCCGCUGAGGGCGUAGACCUGGUUGUCACCGGUGUAGCGGCCGUUCUCGUCAACCUUGCCAACACUGAUCUGGACGGAAGCAUGGUCCUUGGACUUGAUGAUGCGUCCGGUGGCCGACUUGGGAGGUAUUAG